AUGGACAGCAUAAAAGAAGCUAUAUCAGCUAUCUUCAUAGGUACAGUGGUCGCAGUGUUCCUUCACGAAACUGGUCGCGUGUUGCAAGCCAUCGAGGUAUACAAGGAAUGUUUGAUUAUAUUACACAGUCAGGCGCAGGCUAUCGAUAGUUCAUUGGCAAACUUAAUAUUCCGUGUCAUCUACUUGGCAAUAAUCUGUGCUUACGAUUAUAUAAAGGAUUACACAAGUACAGAAAAAUACCUGAGGGAACUCCUCCUAUACCUGGAUUCUAAUGACACCGCUGAAAAAGGAAGGCUACAUUUAAAACUGGCAGAAAUACUUCAGAAACAAAGUAAAUUAAUGGAGGCCUGGAAAUUUUACGAAUCAGCAAUCAACAUCAUGAAAACGAUGGGAAACAUACAUGGCCAGGCACUGUGUUACGCAAAGCUCGGAGAAAUGUUCCAGUCGCAUAGUCAAUAUGACAAGGCCCUAAAAUAUCAAGAGAAAGCACUCGAUAUCAGAAUAGAAAUUGGUGACAGGGAUGGAGAAGCAAGAAGCUACGGAAACCUAGGAACUUUGUUCAAAUCACUCGGUCAAUAUGACAAGGCCCGAGAAUAUCAAGAGAAUGCACUCGCUAUCAAAAUAGAAAUUGGUGACAGGAAUGGAGAAGCAAGAAGCUACGGAAACCUAGGAGCUUUGUUCCAAUCACUCGGUCAAUAUGACAAGGCCCGAGAAUAUCAAGAGAAAGUACUCGCUAUCAAAAUAGAAAUUGGUGACAGACACGGAGAAGCAACAAGCUACGGAAACCUAGGAACUUGCUUCCAAUCACUCGGUCAAUAUGACAAGGCCCGAGAAUAUCAAGAGAAAGCACUCGCUAUCACAAUAGAAAUUGCUGAUAGACAUGGAGAGGCAACAAGCUACGGAAACCUAGGAACUUUGUUCCAAUCACUCGGUCAAUAUGACAAGGCCCGAGAAUAUCAAGAGAAAGCACUCGCUAUCAAAAUAGAAAUUGGUGACAGACAUGGAGAAGCAACAAGCUACGGAAACCUAGGAACUUUGUUCCAAUCACUCGGUCAAUAUGACAAGGCCCGAAAAUAUCAAGAGAAAGCACUCGCUAUCAGAAUAGAAAUUGGUGACAGACAUGGAGAAGCAACAAGCUACGGAAACCCAGGAACUUUGUUCCAAUCACUCGGUCAAUAUGACAAGGCCCGAGAAUAUCAAGAGAAAGCACUCGCUAUCAAAAUAGAAAUUGGUGACAGACAUGGAGAAGCAUCAAGCUACGGAAACCUAGGAACUUUGUUCCAAUCACUCGGUCAAUAUGACAAGGCCCGAAAAUAUCAAGAGAAAGCACUCGCUAUCACAAUAGAAAUUGGUGACAGACAUGGAGAAGCAACAAGCUACGGAAACCUAGGAACUUUGUUCCAAUCACGCGGUCAAUAUGACAAGGCCCGAGAAUAUCAAGAGAAAGCACUCGCUAUCAAAAUAGAAAUUGGUGACAGACAUGGAGAAGCAACAAGCUACGGAAACCUAGGAACUUUCUUCCAAUCACUCGGUCAAUAUGACAAGGCCCGAGAAUAUCAAGAGAAAGCACUCGCUAUCAAAAUAGAAAUUGGUGACAGGGAUGGAGAAGCAACAAGCUACGGCAACCUAGGAACUUUGUUCCAAUUACUCGGUCAAUAUCACAAGGCCCGAGAAUAUCAAGAGAAAGCACUCGCUAUCAAAAUAGAAAUUGGUGACAGACAUGGAGAAGCAUCAAGCUACGGAAACCUAGGAGCUUUGUUCCAAUCACUCGGUCAAUAUGACAAGGCCCGAGAAUAUCAAGAGAAAGCACUCGCUAUCACAAUAGAAAUUGGUGACAGACAUGGAGAAGCAACAAGCUACGGAAACCUAGGAACUUUGUUCCAAUCACUCGGUCAAUAUGACAAGGCCCGAGAAUAUCAAGAGAAAGCACUCGCUAUCAAAAUAGAAAUUGGUGACAGACAUGGAGAAGCAACAAGCUACGGAAACCUAGGAACUUUGUUCCAAUCACUCGGUCAAUAUGACAAGGCCCGAGAAUAUCAAGAGAAAGCACUCGCUAUCAAAAUAGAAAUUGGUGACAGGGAUGGAGAAGCAACAAGCUACGGCAACCUAGGAACUUUGUUCCAAUCACUCGGUCAAUAUGACAAGGCCCGAGAAUAUCAAGAGAAAGCACUCGCUCUCAAAAUAGAAAUUGGUGACAGGGAUGGAGAAGCAAGAAGCUACGGAAACCUAGGAACUUUGUUCCAAUUUCUCGGUCAAUAUGACAAGGCCCGAGAAUAUCAAGAGAAAGCACUCGCUAUCAGAAUAGAAAUUGGUGACAGACAUGGAGAAGCAUCAAGCUACGGAAACCUUGGAACUUUGUUCCAAUCACUCGGUCAAUAUGACAAGGCCCAAGAAUAUCAAGAGAAAGCACUCGCUAACAAAAUAGAAAUUGGUGACAGGGAUGGAGAAGCAACAAGCUACGGAAACCUAGGAACUUUGUUCCAAUCACUCGGUCAAUAUGACAAGGCCCGAGAAUAUCAAGAGAAAGCACUCGCUAUCGAAAUAGAAAUUGGUGACAGGGAUGGAGAAGCAUCAAGCUACGGAAACCUAGGAACUUUGUUCCAAUCACUCGGUCAAUAUGACAAGGCCCGAGAAUAUCAAGAGAAAGCACUCGCUAUCAAAAUAGAAAUUGAUGACAGACAUGGAGAAGCAUCAAGCUACGGAAACCUAGGAACUUUGUUCCAGUCACUCGGUCAAUAUGACAAGGCCCGAGAAUAUCAAGAGAAAGCACUCGCUAUCACAAUAGAAAUUGGUGACAGGGAUGGAGUAGCAAGAGGCUACGGAAACCUAGGAGCUUUGUUCCAAUCACUCGGUCAAUAUGACAAGGCCCGAGAAUAUCAAGAGAAAGCACUCGCUAUCAGAAUAGAAAUUGGUGACAGACAUGGAGAAGCAACAAGCUACGGAAACCUAGGAACUUUGUUCCAAUCACUCGGUCAAUAUGACAAGGCCCGAGAAUAUCAAGAGAAAGCACUCGCUAUCAAAAUAGAAAUUGGUGACAGACAUGGAGAAGCAUCAAGCUACGGAAACCUAGGAACUUUGUUCCAAUCACUCGGUCAAUAUGACAAGGCCCGAGAAUAUCAAGAGAAAGCACUCGCUAUCAAAAUAGAAAUUGGUGACAGACAUGGAGAAGCAAGAAGCUACGGAAACCUAGGAACUUUGUUCCAAUCACUCGGUCAAUAUGACAAGGCCCGAAAAUAUCAAGAGAAAGCACUCGCUAUCAAAAUAGAAAUUGAUGACAGACAUGGAGAAGCAUCAAGCUACGGAAACUUAGGAACUUUGUUCCAAUCACUCGGUCAAUAUGACAAGGCCCGAGAAUAUCAAGAGAAAGCACUCGCUAUCACAAUAGAAAUUGGUGACAGGGAGGGAGAAGCAUCAAGCUACGGAAACCUAGGAACUUUGUUCCAAUCACUCGGUCAAUAUGACAAGGCCCUAGAAUAUCAAGAGAAAGCACUCGCUAUCACAAUAGAAAUUGGUGACAGACAUGGAGAAGCAUCAAGCUACGGAAACCUAGGAACUUUGUUCCAAUCACUCGGUCAAUAUGACAAGGCCCGAGAAUAUCAAGAGAAAGCACUCGCUAUCACAAUAGAAAUUGGUGACAGACAUGGAGAAGCAACAAGCUAUAGAAACCUUACAUCUACGUUUCUCUCACUCGGCUUGUAUGCAAAGGCUGACGGCUAUCUAAAGAAGGCAAUGAAAGUUAGAAAGGGUAUCGAUGAUAGAAUUGGAGAAGCAGUAGACUACAUACACCUUGGUUCAAUUUCUCUGAAGUGUGGUGAAUAUGACAAGGCUCAAGAAUAUUGCGAGAAAGCCCUCACAAUUUGUAUGGACAUCGGUGAUAGAGAAAAAAUAGUAGACAGCUACCAGAAGUUAGGAUUGUGUUACCAAUCUCUUGGUAAAAAUGACAAAGCCGAAGAACACGUUAAGCAAGCUCUCUUAUUAAGUAGGGAUAUUGGACACAACUUGAACGAGUUUCGCUGCCUUUGUAAUCUAUUGGUGUUAAUGGUGUCAAAAGGUCAUCUUGAGGAAGCUUUUUUGUAUCUUUCUCAAGUCAUUCUAAAGUUCGAAACUUUGAGAGGUUUUCUUAAAGAAAACGAUGAGUUGCAAAUAUCUCUUCUAGAAGAGUACGGUACCUUUCCCUACGAGUUGUUAAGUAGGUUGCUUUCUUCCACUAGAAAGCCUGAAGACGCCCUUUACGUCGAAGAGCUGAGAAGGGCAAGAGGCCUGACCGACUUGAUGACAGCUCGGUACUCUGUUCAAGAGCAGAUCUCAAGCGUUCCACAGUCUUGGUGUGGCAUUCAAGGGAUCAUCACAAAAGAAGCAGACUGUGCAUGCCUGUACAUUUCGGUUGGUCAAAAUGGGGUACGGUUUUGGAUCAUUAAAGCAACGGGAGCUAUUCUUUUUUCAGAAAAGAAAGUGAACCUGGACCCAAACAAGGUGACCGGAAUAGUCCCUGAGUUAGAUGAGUUUUUUAAAGAACUGAUGUCACUUCGCCGCAACAACCGAUCAGGGCUGCAUUACUGUGAUACCGAAGAUUUCAAAACAAGUCUUCACUUGUGUUACAACAUAAUCAUUGCUCCUGUGGCCAGUUUACUGAAGCAGCCCGAGAUCAUAAUUGUCCCUGAUUCCUGUGUGUACCAAGUGCCAUUUGCAGCCUUGGCUGACGAAGGAGGCAAGUAUUUAUCAGAGACAUGCAGGAUUCGGUUAGUUCCCUCUCUCAAGACUCUAAAGCUUGUUCAAGACAGUCCUCCAGACUAUCACAGUCAGACCGGGGCACUGGUAGUGGGUGACCCUGUGGUUGGAAAGGUGAUUUACAAGGGAAGGUGCAGAAAUAUGAUACCAUUGCCGUGUGCAAGAAAGGAAGCAGAGAUGAUUGGAACACUUCUUGGCGUAAGGCCUUUGAUAGGAGAGUCCGCUACAAAGCAUUCUGUACUCCAAGCGAUAAAUUCAGUGAGCCUGAUACACAUUGCUGCGCAUGGAGAUCCCGAAAGAGGGGAAAUUUCUCUUUCUCCUAGGCACCCUACCCUACUCCCACCUUUUCCUCGAGAAGAAGAGUAUCUUUUGACGAUGGCAGAUAUUUCAAAAACUCAGUUGCGAGCUAAACUGGUGGUGCUUAGUUGUUGUCACAGUGCUCGUGGACAGAUUAGAACCGAGGGAGUUAUUGGAAUUGCCCGAGCGUUCUUGGGAUCCGGAGCUCGUUCAGUGUUAGCGGCACGAUGGAGGCUGGAUGACACAGCCACAGAACAGUUCAUGACUUGUUUCUACAAACAUUUGUUCUGCGGUGAAAGCGCCAGUGAGUCUCUCCACAAGGCCAGGAAGUGGAUGAGAAAUAACGGCUUUGACAAAGUUUCUCAAUGGGCGCCAUUUAUGAUCAUGGGCGACAACGUGACAUUUGAUUUUAGAAAUUGGCCGGUGCCUAACGCGCCUUAA